AUGGAUAACCUCAUCGGAUCGGCGUUCGUCUUCUGGCUUCUCAACACAUUACUCCUAUCAGAAGCGUCACCCGCCUCAUCUCAUUAUCUAAAAAACCAAUUCAACAGCGCAACAAUCCUAUUCCACAAUGAUGGAGACUGGAGAACUCACGAACAAACACCUAGCGCAAUCCUCGUCAAUGAGCCAGCGACCUACGACCAUGCAUCUGAGAUUUGCGCUUCAUAUAAUGAAAGUCUACUUGAUUGUGACAAAUUGAGCGUUUUCGCAAAUGAUAUCGCUUAUCAGGUCUGGCUGGGAAAUAUUGAUGCAUUCGAUCUACUCUGGACGUCAUGUAGUUUGACGCAACCAUCGGAUUUUCACGGUGUGCUUUCUACGGCUGGCAAUGCAUUAGAAUUCCCAUUCCUGUGUACCAAUACGGCCCCUUUUGUGAGUCAAGUUGAUACCGAUUACUCUACAUUCCCAACUGUGAAAACACCAAUCAUUGAGGGAGUCGUAUUUGAAGGAUUGCGAGACCACAUGGCAUAUCGAUUUCUGGGUAUCCCCUAUGCCAAACCACCUGUCGAUGAUCUACGAUUUCAAUAUGCUCAACCACCGGAAUACUCUAACAACGGGACUGGUAUAAUCGAUGCAACAGCAUACAAGCCUGCAUGCAUGCAGGUAGGCAGUUUUGAGGGGAAUGCUCAAGGUCUGAAUCCCUGGGGUAACAGUGAAGAUUGCUUGUAUCUUGAAGUCUUUACUCCUGUCCUUCCAAGCGGUGACUCCCCGCCGUCCAAGGGGUUGAAGCCGGUCAUGCUCUGGAUCCACGGCGGUGCAAUGAUAAACGGCGCCGGGAGUGAUUCCACAUUCGACGGGGCCAGUCUCGUAAGUCGCGGCGAUGCUGUGCUUGUAAGCAUCAACUAUCGGCUUAAUAUCUUUGGUCUGUUGACUCUUGACGAUGGCGUUGUGAAUGGGAAUUACGCAUUGUCCGAUAAGAUUGCGGCUCUGCAAUGGGUCAAGAAGUAUAUCGCUGCGUUUGGAGGGGAUCCUGACAACGUCACUAUAUUCGGUCAAUCUGCUGGUGGUGCUUCGGUUAUGGAUUUGAUAACAUCCCCCAAAGCGAAGGGAUUGUUUAAAAAUGCUAUUCCGCAGUCUUUGGGAGGGAUUGUUGUGGAUCAAGCUACGAUUGCGUCUAAGAUGAUUCCUUACAUCCAGCCGGAGUGUCCGAGUUCGUUGGGAGCAGAGGCAAGACUCGAAUGUCUACGACAGCUUUCUGCAGAGACCUUACUCAGUAUCAGCACCGAGUCUUGGUCGUGGAGCACUGUUAUCGAUGGCGUGUAUAUGGUCGAUCAACCAGUUUCACUCGUUGCCAACGCUCAAGUCAAUCACGUAAAUCUACUUAUAGGCUUUAUGCCCGAUGAAGCGCAGUCCUUACUAUCGACUAACAUCUCUCUUAACAUGACCAAUCUCACCACCGGUCUGAAAGUACUCAUCAACCAAGGCAUAAUCAACUCAUCCCAGAUAUCUGACAUCUCUUCCUCUGGACUUUGGGACAUUCCCCAAGAUUAUACGGAUCCUUAUAACGCCACCGUCAACAUCGGUACAGAUGGAAUGAUUAUCUGCCACGUCCUCGAAUUCAUCGAUGCUGCUACAACAUCCGCCCCCAAGAGUUCCAACGCCUUCACCAGUCUCUGGGUAUACACCCAUCAACGAGCCUACGCACUCAGUUUCUACAGUUUUUAUGACCUCUGCACAUUCCCCGUCAACGAACCUGAUACUCCAUACUAUCGCUGUCAUUCAGGUGAUUUAUACGAGGUAUUCGGAACAUAUUACAUCUUCGAUCAACCCGUGAGGGUUGAAGAGGAUAUAUAUUACACAAACGCGAUACAGGAUAUAUGGACCUCAUUUGCAAAAACCGGAAAUCCGAAUCCGGAUAAGGAGUAUUUGAUAAUAAGGGGGUAUGAGUCGUCGUUGGAAAUGUUCGAGGGGUUCGGGUUUGAGGAAUAUGAUGCCAAAAAGGGUCGGGGGUUGGUGAAUUUGCAGUGGCCUAGGGUGUGGUAUUCUGAUUUACCUGAUAGGGAGCAUUGUCAAUUGCUAGGAAUAAACCCGGACAAAAUGCGAUUUACUCCAAUCAAACAACAGGGGAAACAUUGGGUAUACGCAGCAAAACAAUAG